UUCCUGACUUCUCUGUUGAUGUUGGCUUUUAUUUAGCCACACGGUACUCUCUUCUUCUAUUAUUCAUUAUUGUCUUUCUUUGAAUGCUGCCGAAUUAUUAUCGAUUAAGUAAACCCGAUAGCAGUUGCUAAGCCGGCCGUUGAUUGGCUCUGGCAUUCAGCCUGUUUGUUUGAUUUAGCAUGUUGUCAUCACCAGGUUCGCUGAAGGCGCAGCAGGUUUGAUGCCCACAGCUUCACUAUGGAGCUGUCAGAUUUAAUGAACGGGCGACAGAGAAAGUUGGGGGGUGGCAGUGCUCUCUCUGAGAACAUGAGGAGCACCAACAGGGAAGAAAUAAGCUCCUCUGAACCAGAGGUGGACGAUGAGGCAGACGGGCUUCUCAGAGGGUCGGACUCGGAGGACAGGAGGCACGGCAGAGUCCGGCCGGGAAUUCGUGGCGAGUUGGGAAACGUGCUUCUUCUUUUGUUCCUUUACGUGUUGCAAGGGAUUCCUCUUGGAUUGGCCGGCAGCAUCCCGCUGAUUUUACAGAGUAAGAGUGUCAGCUACAGAGACCAAGCCUUCUUCAGCUUUGUCUUCUGGCCGUUUAGUCUCAAGCUUCUCUGGGCACCACUGGUGGAUGCACUGUACUUCAGCCGGUUUGGCCGAAGAAAGUCUUGGCUGGUGCCCACGCAGUACCUGCUGGGCCUCUUCAUGCUUUACCUUUCUUUCACGGUGAAUUCAUUGCUGCAGGAUGAGAAAGGACCCAACGUGGUCACACUGACCGCCGUCUUCUUUAUGCUUGCAUUUCUGGCCGCAACACAGGAUAUAGCUGUGGAUGGCUGGGCCCUGACCAUGUUGUCCAGGGAAAAUGUGGGCUAUGCAUCGACCUGUAAUUCUGUAGGUCAGACAGCCGGCUACUUCCUGGGAAAUGUCCUCUUUCUGGCACUGGAGUCUGCUAAUUUUUGCAACAAAUACCUCAGAAUGGAGCCCAAGGACACGGGCAUUGUCACCUUGCCAGAUUUCUUGUUUUUUUGGGGAAUGGUGUUCCUGGUCUCCACCACGCUGGUGGCCAUCUUCAAAAGGGAGAAUGAGCACGCCAAAGGAAAGAGGAGAGUCCCAGAGGAGACUCACGGUGUCAUGGAAACUUACAAGCUGCUGUUCACCAUCCUCAAGAUGCCCACAGUCUUCACAUUUUGUUCUCUGCUGCUCACUGCUAAAGUUGGUUUCUCUGCAGCAGAUGCAGUUACAGGUCUAAAGCUGGUGGAGGCUGGAGUUCCCAAGGAACAGCUGGCACUGCUGGCAGUGCCCAUGGUUCCCCUGCAGAUCCUUCUCCCAGUGGUCAUCAGCAGAUACACUGCAGGACCCCGACCUCUGGACGUCUUUUACAAGGCCUUCCCUUUCAGGCUCCUUAUUGGACUGGAGUAUGCUCUGCUGGUGUGGUGGACGCCCAGCGUCAAACAAGCAGGAGGGUUCCCGGUUUACUACUACGCCAUCGUCCUGCUCAGCUACGCUGUGCAUCAGGUGGCACUGUACAGCAUGUACGUGGCUUGCAUGGCGUUCCACGCCAAAGUGAGCGACCCGCUCAUAGGUGGGACGUACAUGACCCUGCUGAACACGGUCACGAACCUCGGAGGGAACUGGCCCUCCACCGUGGCCCUGUGGCUGGUCGAUCCUCUGACCUCCAAAGAGUGUCAGGGAGCGGCGGGGCAGAGCUGCGGCUCCCCGGCCGAGGCGGGGCUGUGCGCCAAAGAAGGCGGCUCUUGCGUGACGACGCUGGACGGCUACUACGUGGAGUCCGUGGUGUGCGUGGUGAUCGGGCUGGCCUGGUGGGUGUGGCUGGGGAAGAAAAUGAGGCGGCUGCAGGAGCAGAGCCCCGCCGCCUGGAGGUGCAGAGCGAACCAGUGACCGGUCCGCCUCACUUCAGACACUUCUCGUCCUUUUUCACAUGUUGGACGCGCUGUAAGUGUAUCCCUGUCCCCCCCGGUCAAAACAUCACCGUCGUCAUGUGUUACAUCCACGACUUGAAAAGGUCACCUGCGGUCCUGGCUCCAGACUGUAAACUAAAGCUUCCUCAAAGAGCUAGGGGGAAUGUUGUGAUCUUUUUAAAUAUACUCUGCUGCUUUAAAUAGUGGAAACCAAACCAGAGCUGGGUCAAAGAAUGUGUUUCAUUGUUUGAAUUUAUUUGAACUUGAUUCCUUUCAGCAAGAAGUCACUUUUUGACUAUUUAAACCGCUUCAUAUUCUGAUCUUUGAACCCACAGAGACACAUAUCCAUGUUUCACCCAUUUGUUUUCUUUUGUUUUUUAAACUUUAGAGUCAGAGAGGGCUGGACACACUCUAGCCAGGUCAAAAACACACAAACACGUGGCUUUAUGGGAAGUUUAAAGUCAUGAGUUCUUCUCGUACACCUGAGAAUUCGUGGGCAGGGGGAACCUUCUUAGGCACUGAGGGAUCAUAAAGAGGGGGUAAAAAACUGGCAGCGUACCUGCACACGUCUGAGUCAACACUGUGUUGUGGUUUAGCCACUGAACUCCAGAUGUGACGCAGUUUAGUUGAAAACUUCUGCUAAUCCAGCUGUUUUGUUUGUUGCUCGACUCACAUCUGUGUCAGUACUUUUAUUUUUGUAAUCGAUUAUUUAAGUAUAGAUUUUUUUUUUUUUUUCCACUCUGGUAAUUUGUGCCUUGUUUCGUUUUUUUGGAAGACUUGAGAGGAACAUUGUGAGUAUUCCACUUGUUUAAGUGUCUAAGUUGUAACAUAGUGUAGUUUUAUAGACGCUGCUGCUGUGAUUUCUCUGUCAGGCUAAGAGCACAUUCCCUCUGAAAAACUGCAAACUUUCCAUCAGUCGAACAUCAGAUUUGUCCAGUUGAGAGAGGGGCGGGGCAGGACGGGUCUCCAGUCCAUCGUGGGGGGGAACAGAGAGGGACGGGCAGCUAUGGGAGAUGUUAGACUGGAAUACCCAAAGAAAACGUAUCGCAAGAACAUCGACUCUCUACACAGAAAAUGGAGCACGCAGAGUUAUGUCCUAUCUGGUUAUAACAUAGAAACGGUCUCAUCAACACUUUCACUUCUUCAUUACUUUAACUCUCUAGAGGACCAAUUUCAGAUCUUAAGUCUUUUAAAAUUUCCUUAUUCCUAAUGCAACACCUUACACAAGGUCCUAAUUUUCACAUUUAUCACUCACAGCCUUCGUUAUGAUUGUGGAGCAAGUAUACGCUAAAGAUUCCUCCAUAUUGAGACGUUACCAGCAGUCUUUAGAUUAGAACAGUCACCAGCUCCACAUUAUGGCUCUGUGUCGCAUAUCCAGCUCCCCGCCGGAGUCUCGUUCUUGACGUUUUGUUGGCUUAUCAUUAAACGCUCAGCGUGUGAAGCAGAGGGGCAUUGUGGGUCCGUGGCCGGCACAGCUUUUAUUGCCCAUCAGACAUUUGAGAUUUUGAGACCAGCAUUUUUGAGACCUCUGUUAAUGCCUAUUCUGAACAGACGAGAAAUGAAGGAAACCCGAGUUUCUGUUUGGUGCUGAUUGAUCCUCUUCAAAGCACAGACGUUCCUCACACACGUGAUUCUGCGUACUUUCUGCUCAUUAUUAUUUCUCUCGUUGACAGACACUAUAUUUGUUGCUUUGCGUUAUGUUUGACAAUCAGUUACUAUAACCGCAGGUGUGUUGGAGCGCAGAGAUGGCCUGUAAGAGGCGGGGCAAAUGAUCGGGGGGCUAAAGGUUAAAAAAAACAAACAAAAAAGUGUGGAGCCGGUCUCCCCUGGAGGCGUACAGCCACAGGAAAAUGUAUGUAUGGAUCAGAGGGAGGAUUUUUCAAUUUUGUACAGCAAAAACAAUGAUAAAAGUAGAAUUUGCUUUCUAAAACUCUAAAGUUUGAAGAGUUAUGCUCUUUAUUGUCUUUAGAUCCAUAAAUAAUAUUCAUCAGAUCUCAGCCUCCCGCUUUGGAAAUCCCCGAUGUGGAUGAUCAGGGUAAAGUCUUGAGACUUUACGGCUGUUCAUUGGGUUUACAAGUUUGAUCUUGUAGUAAAUUCCUCUAAUUUGAACCAUUUCAUUUCAGGGUAGUCAUUGUUUUAAUUUUUCAUUUUGGAAUUUUUGUUGACCCAUUAUUUAAGAAAAGCAAUUGCAGGUUGAAGGUAUGUUGAGGAAUCUAAAAAUGUUAGCAGCUGUGCGUUUUAAUGUUCUGAUGAUGAACGUGAUGAACUUCGGCAUUAUAAGAUGCAAAUACUGAGAUUUGAAACAAAUCUGUGUAAUUAAAGAAAUAUCCAAACACAUGACACCGUGUCGUCACU